GGCGGGGGCACGGCCGAAUGCAGCCGUCGUCGCGUUCACGGCCUUGGCGGGCCUCGCUGUGGUCCUCGUUCUCUUCUACUCUGCCAGUAGGUAAAACCACAAACCAAUCUUUUAUUCACACAAUUUCCAAUUCAAACGGGGAAAACUAAGGUUUCGUUUGGUAGUAGUACAAGGGCAAAUCUACCCAAUUCCUUUCUGCCCACCAAUCAUUUUUCCAUAGAUGAGAGCUCUUAAACGAACUCAAACUCCCUCCUCUCCGGAUCCCAAUUCCAAUUCUCCUCCUUCUUCAUCUUCGUCGUCUUCAGCCUCGUCCUCAGCUCCAUCGUCAUCGUCAUCGUCAUCGUCAUCGUCAUGGGUUCAUUUGCGUUCGGUUCUAUUCGUUGUCACUUCCUCUUCACCGGCUUCUUCUUCCUCCUCUGAUCGGGGACGCCUUAAAUCACCCUGGUCACGCAAGAAAAGAAAGAAUGCGCUUACACCGCAACAAUGGAGGAGUUUGUUUACUCCAGAUGGGAAACUUCGAGACGGCGGAAUUAAGUUUUUAAAAAAAGUUCGCAGUGGAGGUGUAGAUCCAAGUAUUAGGGCAGAGGUCUGGCCGUUCCUUCUUGGAGUCUAUGACUUAAGCAGUUCUGAAGAAGAAAGAGAUGCUGUAAGAUUACAGAAGAGGAAAGAAUAUGAAAGACUUCGCAAACAAUGCAGAGGUCUACUGAAGUCUGGCGAUGAGAGUACAAAGUUGAAUGAUGAUGAUAUGAACUCCAACAAGGAGAGGGAUGAGAAUAUAAAGUUGAAUGAUGGUGAGACAAACUACAACAAGGAGGGGGACAAUCAGUAUGUUGCUCAUGGUGACGACUGUCCUAGUUUGGAAGAGGUGGUUAGUGCAAGAGAGUCUAUUUCUAGUGAUGAAAGGGGCUCAAACUUUAGAAACUUGGAUGGAACCUCGGGGGUUUUCUUGGAAGAGGAUGACAGUUCUAGAAGGAUGACUAGUGCUGAUGCAUCUGCUCCAAAUACUGAAUCAUCCGACUCCGAUUCAUCUGAGGAUCCUGAAGUUAGUCAAACAUUCCCCUCUUCUGAUGGUAGAGAAGAUAAUGAUCCUGAUUUCACUUCCAAAAAUUCUUCUCCCUCCGUUGCAGAGGUUACAUCCAAAUUUCGCAGCAAUGAAGAUUUUACAACAUGGCAAAGGAUCAUUCGUCUUGAUGCAGUACGUGCGAAUUCAGAAUGGAUAGCAUAUGCACCAUCCCAAGCAGCGGUGUCAGAUGACAAGGCUAGACAUUCUGCAGAGGUGGUUGGUUUGAAAGAUUAUGAUCACCUAGAGCCCUCCAGGAUCUUUCAUGCUGCUAGGUUGGUCACCAUUCUUGAAGCAUAUGCUCUUUAUGAUCCUGAAAUUGGGUAUUGCCAAGGAAUGAGUGAUCUGCUUUCUCCUAUAAUUACUGUGAUAACUGAAGAUCAGGAGGCAUUCUGGUGCUUUGUGGGCUUCAUGCGGAAAGCUCGGCAUAACUUUAGGCUUGAUGAGGUGGGGAUUCGAAAGCAACUGAACAUUGUGUCUAGAAUCAUAAAAUUCAAGGACUCUCACCUUUACAGACACUUGGAGAAACUUCAAGCUGAGGAUUGCUUUUUUGUUUAUAGGAUGGUUGUGGUACUCUUUAGAAGGGAAUUAACAUUUGAGCAGACGCUGUGUCUUUGGGAGGUCAUGUGGGCUGAUCAGGCAGCUAUUAGAGCUGGUGUAGGUAAAUCAGCUUGGAGCAGGAUUAGGCAACGGGCCCCACCCACAGAGGAUCUGCUGCUCUAUGCAAUUGCUGCCUCUGUAUUGCAGAAGAGGAAGUUGAUUAUAGAGAAAUACAAUAGCAUGGACGAAAUUAUAAGGGAGUGUAACAGCAUGGCUGGGCAACUUGAUAUAUGGAAACUCUUGGACGAUGCUCAUGAUUUGGUGGUGACCCUCCAUGAGAAGAUAGAAACCUCGUUUAACGAAUAAAUCCCCAAUUGUUGGUUUGCUAAUUUACGUGCUAUUCUGCCUGGAUCCUUAAUUAUCUAGGCUUCUGCUCGGAGAAAGUGCAUCUCUCUUUGCUUAUUCGAGGGGGUAACAGGAUGUUUCUUUUGCUCACUUUCUUAUAGCUAACUCAAGCUCAAUCAAGUUGUAGCGACAGAUUGUAAUGAUGAAUCACUAUAAUUUGCAUAAUUUUGCAUCCUCACCUUGAUCUAUUUCACCGUGGCUGCAUAAUAGCAGUAAACAAGAGCAGCGUAUUGAGAUGCACGAGUCAAUGAAUUUUGAAGGAUGAGAAUAUCCGGUUCUUGAUGUAUCUUUACAUGAAGUAAUAACUUCUGUUCUCCAUUGAUGGAUUAAUUUUUAUGUUAACUUGGUUCUUGUA